AUGUUUCAUGUCUUUCUACUCAAGCCAUACAAGCUAUCAUCAGAGAAAUUUGAAAGACCAUUACUACCACCAGUUAUCUAUAUUCCUGAAACUAAGACAGAAGAAUAUGAAGCAUCAUCUGUUUAG